AUGACCAGUACGCCUGGUGAUGAUCCUGUGGCACCGGCACCGGAGGCCACGCCCAAGAAGAAAGGAAGAACCAACACUCCCUGGACUGCAGAGGAGGAGCAGAGGCUGAAAACGAUGCGCGAUGCUGGUCGCAGUUGGAGUGAGAUCGCUAAGACAUUUCCCAAUCGAACCGAGGGUAGCGUAAAGAAGCACUGGUACAAGGACAUGCACUACGCCGAAUUUGCGGAAGAUGAGUCUAUAGCCCUCCGUGAGGCCAUCAAGGAAUAUGAGGCCAACAAGUGGAAAGUAAUCGGUCAGAAAGUUGGAAAGCCGGCCAAGGCAUGCGAACAAUACGCGAAGGAACAUUUCAAAGACACCUAG